AUGGCGUCCACAACCUAUCAGUCCUCCACUCCCAGGAGGUCGAAGGAGUCGGACCGGAUUGGUAGUUUCCAGCGACAUGAGGAGAUAGGCCGCGGCAGUUUUGCAACAGUCUACAAGGCAAUCCACACAGGCGGCUCCGGCGUGCAGAGCAUCGUUGCCAUCAAAUCUGUCAACAUGUCCAAACUGAAUAAGAAACUGAAGGACAAUCUGACCUCGGAGAUCUCUAUUCUGAAGGGACUACAUCAUCCUCACAUUGUCGCCCUCAUCGACUGCAAGGAGACCACCUCACAUAUACACCUGGUCAUGGAAUAUGUCGCUCUAGGAGAUCUUUCUCAUUUCAUUAAGAGACGGAAUGAGAUCAAAGACAGUGAGCUGGUGGGCAAUAUGAUGGUCAAAUAUCCCAACCCUCGGUACGGUGGCCUCCAUGAAGUCGUUGUCCGGCAUUUCCUACAACAACUCGCCAGUGCUCUACAGUUCCUGCGGGCAAGAAACCUAAUCCACCGUGAUGUCAAACCACAAAACCUGCUCCUCAACCCGUCACCCAUCUAUUUCGAGACUCAUGACCCGCAGCCGAUGCCUUAUCAAGCUGCCGACAACUCUCUCACCCCAAUCUGUGGCAUCAGAUCUCUCCCAAUGCUCAAGAUAGCCGACUUCGGUUUCGCCCGGUCACUGCCCUCCACUGCAUUGGCGGAGACUCUCUGCGGAUCACCCUUGUACAUGGCCCCCGAGAUACUGAGGUAUGAGAAAUACGAUGCGAAGGCUGAUCUUUGGUCAGUGGGGACUGUGCUUUACGAGAUGAUGACUGCUCGACCCCCUUUCCGCGCUUCCAACCACGUUGAGUUGCUCCGAAAAAUCGAAAAGAGUGAAGAUAAGAUCAAGUUCGGGGACGAAUUCAACAUUUCCGACGCCAUGAAGAAACUCAUCCGGCUGUUGUUAAAGCGAGACCCCAAGGAGAGACUUUCGUUCCCGGACUUUUUCAGCAGUGAAAUAGUUACGGGACCUAUUCCUGGUCUGCAUCCCGAGGAUCUGCCCGAGGAACCGCCCGAGCCUGAAAUCAACCGCCGUCGCAGCAGCCGGACCGACCCUACAGGUCUAACACAUCCAAUCUCGAGAAAGGAACCAGAAAGCCCGUAUAUCGACUCCUCAAAGACUGUCUCCGAAGACAAUCUGUCACGGCGACAGUCCGUUCAUAGGCAGAUUUCGGGACCCAGAGAGCAGAGCAGUGCCCAACGUCGGUCUUCUGAUGGACGGACACCAAUAUCUGCAUCUCCCACCAACCAAGCCGCAGUCCGUCCGACCUUGCAUCCACAUGCAACAGCUCCAGAACGGCAGGACUUGCUCCAUCGGCCUACAUCCGCCCCCAUGGCCCGCCAGACAAGUGCAGGGUCGCACAAGCUGCCACCUUCCUCGUUGCGAGGCCAAAUUCACGAUGUGCACCAUGAGGAUGCCCUGCGCAAGCAACAGGAAGAGAAAGAGCGCGAGCGAGCGGCUCAGGACAUUGCAUUUGAGAGAGACUACGUUCUGGUGGAGAAGAAGGCCGUGGAGGUCAACGCGCUGGCCGAUGAGUUGGACGCAAGUCCACGACUGAACAAGAAUGCCAUGCAAUCAGCGGCACCGGCCAAGGCAGGCACAAUGGUCCGCCGAGCAACCACUCAAGGUACGCCGGGAUCGGUCACCGGCGCGCAGACCAGCGCUUCUCGGGCUGUGCAGAUUGCUUCCGGACGACGGCCUGAUGCUCUCCAUCAUCGACAAAACUCCUACGAACGACGUUAUGGUCCAAGUCCUGGUUCAGCGACAUCAGCGAUCUCAAAAGCCUUGAACAUGGCCAGCGGACGUCUUUUCGGUGUUGGAUUUUCACCUCCCGUGCAUCUGAUGCGUGGAGGCAAAUCCCCUCCUGUCACGUAUAGCCCGUUCCCAACCUAUCCUGGAGCGCAAAGCAGCCUUGUAGUUGUGGGAGACACCGGCAAACAAGCCGCCGCUGACGAGGAUACAAAAUCCAUCCAGACUGUUGAGGAGAUCGCGACGCGAAGCGACGUGGUUUACGGCUUCGCAGAGGUCAAGUAUAAGCAACUCAUCCCAGUGGUGCCUUCUCAACCCGGGCUAGGUUUGCGCAAUGCAGCGGGCAGCGACACAUCGGACAACCCGUUCGGCGCUUCCAACGAUGACCUGACAGUUGAAGCCAUGGUGAUCGUUGCCGAGGAAGCUCUAGUACUUUAUGUCAAGGCUCUGGCAUUGCUCGCAAAGGCCAUGGACACUGCAGCACGUUGGUGGGCACGUAAGAACCGUGGCGAGUUGGCCAACGAUGCUACUACUUAUCGGACGACGACGACUUCGACUGCCAUUGGGCAGAGGAUGAACAACGUUGUGCAGUGGGUUCGAAGUCGAUUCAACGAGGUUCUGGAAAAGGCAGACCUUGUUCGACUCAAGCUUAUUGAUAGCCAACGUCGUCUUCCCGAAGACCACCCCAGCCAUCCCAACAACAUCUCCAGUACCACAGUCUCCAGCGCUGGACUGGGCACUUCCGCAGACCAGGUGAUUGUCAGUUCUGGAAUCACGGCAGAAAAGCUCAUGUAUGACCGUGCGCUGGAAAUGAGCCGAGCAGCUGCGAUCAACGAGCUGACAAAUGAGGACUUGGCUGGCUGCGAGAUCUCAUAUGUCACUGCAAUCCGAAUGCUUGAAGCAAUCCUCGAGCAAGACGACGACAGCAACACCGAUGGCGAAAAUGAGAAAGAAGAUGCAUCCCCCAUCAACGGGCUGGAAGCUGAAGAUAGGAAGGCAGUCAAGAAUUUGGUAACCAGCAUUAGAGGAAGACUCACGGUCAUUCGACGGAAACUACAGGUUAUUCAGCAGCGUGCCUCAGCUCCAACGACGGCAUCUCCGACCAGCAGAGCAUCUCCUCCCAUUCCAUACCGCGGCAGCACUCCGGCAAAUGCUGUAACGCCGCCGCGCUCAUGA